GUUCAUUCUCCCGCCCGCAGUGUCACGUGUCCCAGCGCCUGGCGGAAUGGGCUAUCUAAAACUCAUAGAGAUAGAAAAUUUCAAAUCAUAUAAAGGACGACAAAUAAUCGGGCCUUUCCGCAAAUUCACGGCUAUAAUCGGACCGAACGGCUCGGGAAAAUCCAACCUGAUGGACGCGAUCAGUUUUGUCCUGGCAGAAAAGACCAGUAACCUCCGUGUAAAGACACUGAAAGAUCUGAUCCAUGGUGCCCCCGUAGGAAAGCCUGCAGCUAACCGUGCAUGUGUCAGUAUGGUGUACUGUGAGGAUAACGCCGAUGAGCGCACAUUUACACGAGUCAUAAUCGGUGCCUCUUCUGAAUACCGGAUUGACAAUAAGGUGGUUGGACUCUCAGAGUACAGUGAAGAACUGGAGAAACUGGGAAUCCUCAUCAAGGCUAGGAACUUCCUAGUAUUUCAGGGCGCUGUGGAGUCCAUAGCCAUGAAAAACCCCAAAGAGAGAACAGCUCUGUUUGAGGAGAUCUCCCGCUCCGGGGAACUAGCUCAGGAAUACGACAGACGGAAGAAAGAGAUGGUGAAGGCCGAAGAGGACACGCAGUUCAAUUACCACCGUAAGAAGAACAUCGCAGCUGAGCGCAAAGAAGCCAAGCAGGAGAAAGAGGAGGCUGAACGUUACCAGAGGCUGAAAGAUGAAGUUGUUAGAGCUAAUGUGCAAUUACAGCUUUUCAAGCUCUACCACAACGAGUCUGAGAUUGAGAAGCUCAACCGAGAGCUGUCCCAACGCAACCGGGAGAUCGAGAAAGACAGGAAGAGGAUGGAUCAUAUCGAAGAGGAGCUGAAGGACAAGAAGAGAGAACUGGGGAGGAUGAUGAGGGAGCAGCAGAAUGUGGAGAAGGAGAUAAAAGAGAAGGAUGCUGAGCUGAACCAGAAACGGCCUCAGUACAUCAAGGCCAAGGAGAACACCUCACACAAGAUAAAGAAGCUGGAGGCGGCACGCAAGUCUCUGCAGAACGCUCAGAAGAUGUACAAGAAGCGUAAAGCCGACAUGGAGGAGCUGGAUCGAGAACAGGGAGCUGUGGAGAUGUCCAGGCAGGAGUUUGAGGAGCGCAUGGAAGAGGAGGCUCAGAGUCAAGGGCAGGACCUCACUCUGGAGGAGAACCAGGUGAAGCAGUAUCACAGGCUGAAGGAGGAGGCGAGUAAGCGAGCAGCCACUCUGGCUCAGGAGCUGGAGAAGUUCAACCGGGAUCAGAAAGCUGACCAGGACAGACUGGAUCUAGAGGAGAGGAAGAAAGUGGAGACUGAGGCCAAAAUCAAGCAGAAAAUAAGAGAGAUUGAGGAAAACCAGAAACGCAUCGAGAAGCUGGAAGAUUACAUUGCGACCAGCAGGCAGUCAUUAGACGAACAGAGAAGGAUGGAGGAGGAGCUGACUGAGGAAGUGGAGCUUGCCAAAAGGAGGAUUGAUGAAAUAAACAUGGAAUUAAACCAGGUGAUGGAGCAACUUGGGGAUGCGAGAAUUGACAGGCAGGAAAACAGUCGUCAACAGCGCAAAGCUGAGAUCAUGGAGAGCAUCAAGAGGUUGUACCCCGGCUCUGUAUAUGGCAGGCUUAUUGACUUGUGCCAGCCCACGCAAAAGAAAUAUCAGAUCGCUGUGACAAAAGUUCUGGGAAAGAACAUGGAUGCCAUCAUUGUGGACUCGGAGAAAACCGGUAGAGACUGCAUCCAGUACAUCAAAGAGCAAAGAGGAGAACCGGAGACUUUCCUGCCCCUGGACUACCUGGAGGUGAAACCCACAGAUGAGAAAUUGAGGGAGCUGCGAGGAGCCAAGCUGGUGAUUGAUGUCAUCCGCUAUGAGCCACCUCAUAUUAAGAAAGCUUUGCAAUAUGCCUGUGGAAAUGCACUUGUGUGUGAGAAUGUGGAGGACGCACGCAGGAUCGCCUUCGGAGGCCCUUACAGGCAUAAGACCGUAGCCUUGGAUGGCACACUUUUUCAAAAGUCUGGGGUGAUCUCUGGAGGAGCAAGUGACCUCAAAGCCAAGGCUCGUCGCUGGGAUGAAAAAGCUGUGGACAAGCUCAAGGACAAAAAAGAGAAGCUUACAGAGGAGCUCAAGGAGCAAAUGAAGGCGAAGAGGAAGGAAGCAGAGCUGAGACAGGUGCAGUCUCAGGCUCAUGGCUUGCAAAUGAGACUCAAGUACUCCCAAAGUGACCUGGAACAGACCAAGACACGCCACCUGUCUCUCAACAUGCAGGAGAAAUCAAAGCUGGAGAGCGAACUGGCAAAUUUUGGACCCCGAAUUAAUGAUAUCCGGAGAAUCAUCCAAUCACGUGAGAGAGACAUCACACAGUUGCGAGACCGCAUGAACCUGGUGGAGGAUGAGGUCUUUGUGGAAUUCUGCAAAGAGAUCGGAGUGAGAAAUAUCCGAGAGUUUGAAGAGGAGAAAGUCAAAAGACAGAAUGAAAUUGCCAAAAAACGACUUGAAUUUGAGACCCAGAAGACUCGCUUAGCCAUUCAGCUGGAUUAUGAGAAGAACCAGCUGAAGGAGGACCAGGAGAAAGUGAUGAUGUGGGAGCAGACUGUGAAGAAGGAUGAGAGUGAGAUCGAAAGACUGAAGAAGGAGGAGCACAGACAGAUGAAGAUUAUUGAUGAAACCAUGGCUCAGCUGCAAGACCUCAAAAACCAGCAUCUCACUAAAAAGGGAGAGGUCAAUGACAAGAACCGAGAAAUGGAGGAUAUACGGAAGAAACUAGGGUCUGCCAACAAAGAGCUGACUCAGCUCCAAAAAGAAGUGACGGCUAUUGAGACGAAGCUGGAGCAGAAGCGAAGUGACAGGCACAAUCUUCUGCAAGCCUGCAAGAUGCAGGACAUCAAACUGCCUCUCAAAUCUGGAACCAUGGAUGACAUCAGUCAGGAAGAGGGAGGCUCUCAAGUUGAUGACUCCAUCAGCAGCCACAAAACCUCCAGCUCUGUGCAUGCCAAAGAAGCCCUCAUUGAAAUUGACUACAGCAACUUACAUGAAGACCUCAAAGAUGCUUUAUCUGAGGAAGAGAUCAAGAUUGAAAUGAACACUUUGCAGCAGAGGCUGAACGAGCAGCAGAGCAUCCUCCAGCGCAUCAGUGCUCCCAACAUGAAAGCCAUGGAGAAGCUGGAGAGCGUCAGGGACAAGUUCCAGGAGACCAGUGAUGAGUUUGAAGCAGCACGAAAGAGAGCUAAGAAGGCCAAGCAGGCAUUUGAGCAAAUUAAGAAGGAGAGGUUCGACCGAUUUAAUACCUGCUUCGAGUCUGUCGCCACCAAUAUUGAUGAAAUCUACAAAGCCCUCUCACGGAACAGCAGCGCACAGGCAUUCCUAGGCCCUGAGAACCCUGAAGAACCAUACUUAGAUGGGAUCAAUUACAACUGUGUGGCUCCAGGAAAGAGAUUCAGACCGAUGGACAACCUGUCUGGAGGGGAGAAGACAGUGGCAGCCCUCGCUCUGCUUUUCGCCAUUCACAGCUACAAGCCUGCUCCAUUUUUUGUCCUCGAUGAGAUUGAUGCUGCGCUUGAUAACACCAAUAUUGGCAAGAUUUUUGCUGUUUAUUUCCUGCAGGUGGCCAAUUAUAUAAAAGACCAGUCACUCCAAAACUUUCAGGCAGUGGUCAUUUCACUAAAAGAAGAGUUUUAUACCAAGGCUGAUUCUCUCAUUGGAGUUUACCCUGAGCAAGGAGACUGUGUCAUCAGUAAAGUGCUGACCUUUGACCUCUCCCAGUAUCCUGAUGCCAAUCCGAAUCCCAACGACUGAGUUCACGUUGAUUUAAUUAAUUAACGGUGGUAAAUAUUAAAACACCAAUAAUGUGAGUUUAGUGCGUGCGAAAUCCUCUGCAGUGUGUAGAAGAGAUUUGUGCACUGUGUUGUGUGUGCAUGAUCUUACACCAUUGUCGGAUUACCGUAUUUUCGACCCAUAUUAAAUGUGUUUACGAACUGUGAAUGCUAACAUAGACUUGCAACACUAAUGUCAUAGAGAAAUUAUGUCUUUUCAUUGUUAAUACAGUACAAUGUCUGAUGCCCAUGGAAAUCACAGUGAAAGAAUGAGCUUGUGCUGCAUUUGUGAUCAUGAGUGUACAUGUUUGAGAUCUGUAAUCUUUAACCACAAACUAGUGGCUUGUUAAUGCUAUUUUUUUUUUUGUCCUUUUAUGGUAAUGUCUGAAAUGAAAGAGAAAAAGAAACCAUCUGCCACUGAAAGAGCUACGAUGUACCUAAGUACAGUGUAAAGCAAAUCCAGUAUUAAUGUAGCACUUGUUAAAUGCAAAAAAUUAAUAAAUAAAUAAAUAACAUAAUAAAUAGCAAGUGGAUAUGUAUAA